CCUGAUGAAUGUAGGUUACCUCUGCCGAACUCCUCAGACCGCUUCCAUGCGGGUUCAUGUCGUCAUUGGCUCUCGCGCGCGGCGCGUCCACGGAGAUCACGCAGCGCCAUGGCGACACCGCGGUCCCGCAUUUCCCUAAAAGUGGACUUUUAAGAAAACCCCUCCACCAGACAAGACAGAUGAAUAUGAUAUGGUGAACUUACCCCUCAAAAUGGAACAGCUGACUCUCUCGGCCCUGUUGAAAUGCCCCCUGUGUCUGGAGCAGCUGGACGCCUCAGCCAAGGUCCUGCCCUGCCAGCACACCUUCUGCGUUACCUGCCUGCGCAGGCAGGAGGCAGUGCACGCGCAGCUGCUCUGCCCCGAGUGUCGCACCCCUGUCCCGGUCAAGACGGUGCAGGAGCUCCCGGAAAACCUCCUGCUCGUGCAGCUGCUGCAGGGGCUGCAGCAAGGAGGCCACCGUGCAGCAUCCUCAGGCAGAGGCAGCGGAGAUCAACAGCUGGGAGAUGGUCAGGAGCUCAGUGAGCCUGUUCACAGAACCUCAGUGCACAACCAACAAGAUGAUGCAUCAGCAGAGACGGACGUCAAUCCUGAAAAAAGUAUCGGUCCAAGCCAUAAAGAGGACGACAACUGGCACUAUGAAGACAUCAGUGAGCGCAGCGUGCCUCUCUGCAGGGCGACAUGUGACUUCAAUCCAGAAAAGACCAACACGGAGGAGAAUAAAUACUGUCUCUGCUUUCGCAAGGGGGACGUUUUAACUAUUUUCAGACAGGCGGAUGAGCACUGGGUUGAAGCCAAACUAGGGGAAAAAGUUGGAUAUUGUCCUCUGCAGUUCUUGGAGCCAAACUCUGCCGCUGCUAAGCUGCUAAAAGGGAGGACUCGAAGUGAUAGUGACUCAGCAGAACCCCAGCAUCACACUGACAGGGGGAGCAAAGACAAGGCCACUGAUGCACCUAACCGGACCUCCCAUUACGGAGUCCCUCAAGUCCUAGUGAAGACUCCCACUAUAAAUGCCCUGGCUCUUCCCACUCAGAGGAAACAGCCUUCAACCGGCAGCAGCUAUUACCACACAAACAUCGGCACCUCCAAUGGCUUCAGCCGCCAGGGUCAGCCUCAGCGCUUCCCGCCGCUACCCUCUGCUGCACUGAGGCACUCUCAUCACUCCAGAGUGAAUUCUCGACGAUCAAGCCGGCACUCCGAUUCGCACCGACCCCACUUACAGAGUGAGACGAGGAUGACCAGCGAGACCCCGCCCACCAUCACCAUGGCUUUGUUGAACCCCCAGAUGACCUCUGCCUCUGCAGACGGCAGAAACUCCUCCACACAGCAGCUCUCUAUCAGUGUGUGUGCCGUCCUUUACAACUACAAACCCCGACGGCCGGAGGAGCUGGAGCUGAGGAAAGGAGAGAUGGUGGGGGUGUACGGAAAGUUCAAAGAGGGAUGGUUGCGUGGGCUGUCGCUCAGAACAGGCAAAGUGGGCAUUCUGCCUAGCAACUACAUCACACCUGUGCUCAGAACCUCAGCCAGACUUCUGGAGACCAAAGCAGCUAAUGCGUCCUUACAGUACAACACAGCAACUGCAAAGAAACCCACAGCUGCAAACAAUCCCGCUGUAGUCCUUGCACUUGACAGGGUGAAUGGUGAUGGAGCGUCGUACUCAGCGGGACAGAUUCCAUCUGUGGCAAAUGGAUCUCAGCACGCAAAGCCAUCCUUUUAUGGGAGCUCUCAAGGUUGGGACACAGUGAGGCGUAUAUUUAACCCACAGAGAAGCUCAAAUAACGCCUCUCAGAUGUCCACUUUGAACGUUCCAUCCAACUCGCAGCACUUUGCCCAGGUUCAAGCAUCAGGCUACUCGCCUGCUCUGCAGAGGAAGAAGAACAACAGCAUCUUAUCCAACCCAAUCAAAGCUUUGAGUCGGAUGACUGAGCCUGUAGCGCCCUCUGCUGCUGGAAUCCUGAAGGACAGAGAGUUUUCCUCCCGUGAAUCAACAUUUCAGCAUUACAGGCAGCCAGCAGUUGCACCUCAGUCUAUUCUAGUUAAACCAGAUACACACAAGAAUAGUUCCAACAAGCCUCCAAAAUCCGUGCGGUUUGUCACAGAUGAUGACUCCCCACCCCCAAGACACCGCACGUCCUCUUGGUCGCCCGGAACUCAGAUUGGACGUUCUGGCCCACGCCCCUUAGAAGUGUGGGCCCCAUCUCUCACCCUGGGAAGAGAUGGCCCGGGGAUCAUUCUCAAGGAAGGAAGAAGUCCCGUUCUCAGAAGAGGUCUGGAAACAGCCGUUUCAGAUGUGAACACAAAACCACUACCUUCACAGCCACCGCUUUCUGCCCUGUCAUCUCAGUACAGCCCCAGCAGACACAGAGUGACCGCCACACAUUUAGCCCAAACAGACUCUGAAAUCAGCCUGCUUCAAGGAGAGCUGGUCCUCCUCCACAGACCUCAACUCGAUGGCCGCGUCCUCGUUACUCAGGAGAGCACUGGGCAGACCGGCGUAUUCCACAGCGGUGUUCUUCAGUGCCUUGAGAGGCUCAGCUGACUGUGUAUUUCUAUUGUAAUUAUGUAUAUUUGCACAUUUUUUUGUAUUCAAACUGCCAAACAACUUAGAAGUGAACAAAAUGGAUGUGUUAAGGCCCAAAGUUAAAUGAUUGUUUUGGUCCUGACUGCCAAUGCGAAUGUGUGUAAAUUCUCUGGAGAUGUUUUAAUGUCCCUCAGUAUGUGUGACCCGUUCUGACAAACGUUGUUGUGACAUAUUCUGUUUCUGAGAUUUUUGCACUGCAAACAUUCAUCAUGAGUGUUUCUUGUUCCAUAACUGCUACACCAUGUGUUGAGUGCCUUUGUCAAAACCCACAAAUGAAACAAUUUGUAUUAAAUAUGUCUAGAGCAGGGGUGCCCAUUGCUAGUCCUGGAGGGCUACCCGGAAUCUUAAGGUUAAGUAUGUAUACCGCUUACGUGUUCAUAAAGUAUACUUCCAAACCA